UGCUGAGCUACUGAAGCUCCGUGGAUUAUUGAGCAGGACCCUCUCAGCCUCCACCAUGUUACUUCGCUUUCUAGUUUUAGCGGCCUUUGUUUUCCAGGCAGAGAGUUACUUUUCGGAGGAAAAGUAUCCGGAGGAGUCGAAAAUGCAGCCUCCCACCGUGGUUAUCGCUAUCAUAGCCAGAAACGCUGCCCAUUCCCUGCCGUACUACCUCGGAGCCCUGGAGAGGCUCAACUACCCCAAAGAUCGCAUCUCUGUGUGGGCUGCCACGGAUCACAACUUGGAUAACACCACAGCCAUACUGAAAGAGUGGCUUACUGUCAUGCAGAAAUUUUACCAUUAUGUUGAGUGGAGACCAAUGGAGCAGCCCACGUCCUAUGCAGGAGAGCUGGGUCCUAAACAUUGGCCCAACAGCAGAUAUGAGUAUGUGAUGAAGCUGAAGCAGGCAGCACUGAACUUCGCCAGGAAACGCUGGGCCGACUACAUCCUGUAUGCUGACACAGACAAUAUCCUCACCAACCCAGACACCCUCAACCUGCUGAUAGCGGAGAACAAGUCAGUCAUCGCUCCCAUGUUGGACUCUCAGGGAGCGUACUCCAACUACUGGUGCGGUAUCACGCCACAGGGAUAUUAUCGCCGAACAGCAGAAUAUUUCCCCACCCGUCACCGCCACAGGCUGGGCUGCUUCCCGGUGCCCAUGGUCCACUCCACCAUGCUGCUGGAUUUAAGGAAGGAGGGCAUGAAGAAACUGGCUUUCUACCCUCCUCACGAGGACUACUCGUGGCCCUAUGAUGACAUCAUUGUGUUCGCCUUCUCCUGUCGGGCCGCAGAGGUACAAAUGUACCUGAGUAACAAGGAGCGCUACGGCUACCUGAACGUCCCGGCCAAACCUCAGCACACUUUGGAAGAUGAUCGCCUCAACUUUGUUCACGUCCACCUUGAGUCCAUGAUCGAUGGUCCUCCCAUGCACCCGUCUCGCUUCGUCCACAUGUUCCCCAAACAGAGGGACCUCAUGGGCUUCGACGAGAUAUAUCUGAUAAAUCUGCGACGCCGUCCUGACCGCAGAGACCGGAUGCUGUUCUCUCUGAAUGAGCUGGAGAUUGACGUCAAGGUGGUGGAUGCUGUGGAUGGAAAUGCACUGAACAGCAGUGACAUUAAGAUCCUGGGUGUUGACCUGCUGCCAGGCUAUUAUGACCCGUUCUCUGGACGCACCCUGACUAAAGGAGAGGUGGGCUGCUUCCUCAGCCACUUCUUCAUCUGGAAGGAGAUGGUGGACGAGCAGAUGGAUAAAGCACUUGUCUUCGAAGAUGAUGCUCGAUUCCAGGCCAACUUCAAACGACGAGUCCUCAGGCUGAUGGAGGAGGUGGAGCUGGUGGAGCUGGAUUGGGACAUCAUAUACUUCGGCAGGAAGCAGGUGAAUCCUGGAAACGAGGAGCCGGUGGAGAAUGUUCGGAACCUGGUGAUGGCGGACUAUUCGUACUGGACUCUAUCUUAUGCCAUCUCACUACAGGGAGCCCAAAAACUGCUCAAUGCUGAGCCGCUUUCCAAGAUGCUGCCUGUCGAUGAGUUCCUCCCCAUCAUGUAUGACAAACAUCCCAAUGAGGACUACAAGUCCCAUUUCCCCAACAGGAACCUGCAAGCCUUCAGUGCACGCCCCCUCCUGGUCCAGCCGUGUCACUACGCCGGCGAGCCCAAGUGGGUGAGUGACACGGAAACGUCCACCCUGUGGGACGAUGACUCGGUACGCACCGAUUGGAGGGGUUCCCACAAGACCCUGAAAGGGUCGCCCCCACCCGAGAUGCUGUCAGCUGCCUACAAGGAUGAACUUUAGUGCGGAGCUGACGUAGCUGUGGAGAACCUGCAGGUCAAGGGGCCACGAGGUCAGAGAGACAGAUGCUGAGGCGAGGAACUGCUCUCAGACUUUGUUUCAGUACACUCACACCACUGACAUGCUCCGUGUCAUUUCACCUGGACUUUGGUUUUUUCAAGGCAUGUUAGCAAGUGUACGGCACAAGUUGAUUUUUUGGGACAAUGUUUGUUGAGACUGUUUGUAGACAUGUAAAAAAAAAAAAAUGGGUGUUUUAAUACUUUUAUGCGUCUUAGCAAUUCAGAUGCUUGAACUUGCACAACAGAUUUUUCUCGAGAACAAUCCACCCUUUUAGAUUUUUUUUUUUUUUUUUUUUUUACUUUAUUCAGACAUCUUUAAUAUUCUGAGAGUUUAAACAGUUUGUAUGGCUGAUGUCAAGAACAUUGUGUUUGAAUGUAUGCUUGUAAUGGUGUGUGUGCUUCUGAUGAUUGCAUGUUUAUAAUGCUAAGCAGAGCCUUUAAAGGGAAAGCAGCUUUACAGUGACUUUCUGCAAACCGCAGACUAAGGCUCCAGUAGCUGCACUGUUCACAACUCCUGGCAAGUCUGGACACAAGUCUGAUACUGUUGUUGCCAUUAUUUCUUUGUCUUCAUGUCUUUUUCAUGAUAUUUCAUAUCUGUCUGUCUGCCUAUUUCUCCACUUUUAUCCUCCUUCGGGACUGUUAUGAGAUACAGUUGUGUCUAAUGCAAAGCCACAUCGACCCUGUUAAAUAUUUCCUUUAGCUUCAUUUAGCCGUUAUAAAGUUGAUGUACCUCAUGGUUUCUAGGGACAGUGUAAGACUGUUUCAUUGGUACCAGAUUCUAUGCAGGAAGUAUUUUGUUAGUGAAACUAACACAUUGAAUGUUUUCAAUUGAACAAUUUAAGCUUCUUUAAAAUGUUUUUUUUUAAAUGUCUAAUAAUGACUAGAACUGAAAUAACAUUGACUUAUCAGACUACUUUCUACUCUGUGGCUGUGUUUUAAUAUUUUUACGUUUCAAUUUUUGCCACACAAAUUGAACUUCAUGGUCAGAGAUAGUGUGUUACCCAGUCGACAGCAUGAAAAUCAGUACGGCAUGUCAAGGUAUGAAGUCCAAUUGCCACCAGUGUAGAAGUAGUUUUGGUUCAUCUGCAGCUAAACAUCUGAGCCAGUGCUGCUACUUUUGAGUAGAGAGACACAUUACCGUCCUUUGCUACAUGUUGUGUUAAAAAAAAAACUACUAUUACUCCACAUGUAUUGUAGCAGAAGUCUUAUUAAAGACAUAUUAAAACACAGCCUGUAAUAACCUUUUUGUAGCAUCACUGGGAUCCUUUUCAAUCUAGGAAUGUGUCAAAACAACAACAGGGUUGCAAUGUAAGUAACUGAUGUAAUUCUCUCGUGUCCCUCUUGGAUUUAAAUUACAAUGAUCAAGUUACAUAUAUUUUUGCAUUGAUGAUGGUGUGAUUUCAUGUAUUCAUUUCCUGCCAUUAUGUGUGUCGCAUUUCCUGUCUUAAUUUAUUGGUUGAGUCUCUCUCGAUGUGGUUGACAGAUGAGUCACACAACAUGAUGUACAACAGGCAAAGUGCAAUGGCUUUUCCAGCAAAAGCCUCUCUCUCUCUCUCUCUCUGUCUCUGUCUCUGAACAAUAAAUCUGUACUCAGUCAUGAUGUUAUAAAACAGGAUGUCAGGAUGACUGUGUAGCAAACUUUGCAGAUGUUAAUAAAAAUUAGU